UAUGGUUCCUACACCAUUACUCAUUGAUUUCUCCAAAAUAUUUUUUAAAAAAUCAGUAUUGAUUUUACAGGAGCUGUCAGUUACUACCCCUGCAGCCUGUUCUCAGCUUGCUGGCUUUAUACAAGCUCAGCUUGCCCCUACCCAUCUGGGCUUCAUCUGGCUCUCACGCAGGUGCAGCCUAUCAGGUUAAUUGUGCUAACAACCUGCUCUGCCUUUUGUGAGAUGGGCCCUCCAUUACAUCCCUCUCUUUACUUCUCUCCCUUGUGAAAACUGACCAUUUAUCCCUACUGUUUUCUGUCUUUGAACCAGUUACUGAUUCAGGAGAGACUGUUCCUUUUAUCCCAUGAUUGCCUAUUUUGAUAAAGAGCCUUUGGUGUGGAACUUCAUCAAAGGCUUUCUGAAAGUCCAAAAUCUGCCACAAAGAGGAAACAAUGGAGUUUUGGAAACAAGGGAGGAGCUGACAGAGAUGCUCCGGAUCCAGCAGAUUGUUUGCUGUCAGGAAACGUUGAAGCUGAACACAAGGCUUUCAUUGCAGAUUUCUAUCAAAAGACCUAAAAUUAGUGGCAUCAGGAAGGAAGGAUGUAGGUGUAUCGCUAUUGCCUUGCCUCUUUCCAGCCUGUAAUUGAGGGUUCCGAAGGGCAGUGCAUAGUUUGUCUUUGGUGAAGAACUCGGCUCCAAAGGUUAAGAAGUCUCUGUACAGUCACCCUUUGCCGACUACUGCAAGCUGAUAAGAUAACAAUGGGAGUGACUGUGGGGAGUGGCGGGUGUCGGCUCACAGCUUCUCCUUUGCAGCUGGGCUCUUAGCACUGCCGAGUACAUGUGAGGCUGCACCUGAUACCCGAGCGGAGCAUGCACUUUAGAAGGAAGCUGCCAAACCCACUCAUGCACAUACAUGCAUCUGUUUAGGGACUCUAUUUGGACACACACAGCAAUGUAGGUGCUGACGUACCCACGCCUGCUCCCGGAGAGAUGAUGGUUCGACGAGGGCUGAGUGCCUGGCUCCCUCGGAUGGUCGUUCUGCUUGUGGUGCUCUGCUCUGCCGUGUCCGUCCUCUACAUGCUGGCCUGUACGCCGAAGGGUAUUGAUGAGCAGCUUGCAUUCCCCAGGGCCAACAGCCCAACGGGAAAGGAGGGGUACCAGGCCAUUCUGCAGGAGCGGGAGGAGCAGCACCGCAAUUACAUCAACAGCCUCAAGAAGCAAAUCGCGCAGCUGAAGGACGAGCUGCAGGAGCGGAGCGAGCAGCUGAAGAGCCUGCAGGACCACUACACUGACUCGCUGGGUCCGGGGCUGGAGCACAGCAACCCAGAGAAGACCCCUGCCGACCUGCUGGAGUUCCUGCGCUCCCAAAUCGACAGAGCUGAGGUGCACGCCGGCGCCAAGUUGCCCACGGAGUACGCGGCUGUGCCCUUCGAGAGCUUCACCCUGCAGAAAGUAUAUCAGCUGGAGACGGGGCUGACACGCCACCCCGAGGAGAAACCCGUGAGGAAGGACAAGCGGGACGAGCUGGCGGAGGCUAUUGAGUUGGCCCUGGAGACUUUAAACAGCCCAGACAGUGACAGCAACGCAAAUCAUCACAUGUACUCGGCCUCGGACUUCAUAGAAGGCAUGUACCGAACAGAAAAAGACAAAGGCACGUUGUACGAGCUUACUUUCAAAGGAGACAGACCACACAAAUUCAGACGAAUCGUUUUAUUCAGACCAUUUGGUCCCAUCAUGAAAGUGAAGAAUGAGAACCUCAACAUGGCCAAUACGCUCAUUAACAUUGUAGUUCCAUUAGCCAAGAGAGCCAGCAAGUUUCGACAAUUUAUGCAAAAUUUCAGGGAAAUGGGCAUUGAGCAGGAUGGGAGAAUUCACCUCACUGUAGUUUACUUUGGAAAAGAACAAAUGAAUGAAGUGAAAGCGAUACUUGAAAACACCUCCAGAUCAGCUAACUUCAAGAAUUUCACCUUUAUCCAACUGAAUGAAGAAUUUUCGAGAGGGAAAGGAUUAGACAUAGGUGCUCGCAUUUGGAAAGGAAACAACGUCGUUCUCUUUUUUUGUGAUGUAGAUAUCUACUUCACUGCUGAAUUCCUGAACACCUGUAGAUUGAACACACAGCCAGGGAAGAAAGUAUUUUACCCAGUUCUUUUCAGCCAGUAUAACCCAGGUAUAAUUUAUGGGCACCAUGGUUCCAUCCCGCCCUUAGAACAGCAGCUGGUUAUAAAGAAGGACACUGGAUUCUGGAGAGACUUUGGCUUUGGAAUGACAUGUCAGUACAGGUCUGAUUUUAUCAACAUAGGUGGCUUUGAUCUGGACAUUAAAGGCUGGGGAGGAGAAGACGUUCAUCUCUACCGCAAAUACCUUCACAGCAACCUUAUCGUGGUCAGGACGCCUGUCCGAGGCCUCUUCCAUCUCUGGCAUGAAAAGCGCUGCCUGGAUGAGCUGACCCCGGAGCAGUACAAGAUGUGCAUGCAAUCCAAAGCCAUGAAUGAGGCUUCUCACGGCCAGCUGGGGAUGCUCGUCUUCAGGCAUGAGAUUGAGGCUCACCUACGCAAACAGAAAACCAGCAGCAAAAAGACGUGAAGCCAAAACCCAACUAGUUGGUUGUAUUUUCAAAAAGACUAUAGCUGCUUAAAGAGAGUGCGGGAGCGGGAGCAGGAAAGCUGGAGCUGGCAGGAAAAGGAAGACAAAGGAAACGCUUGCACUCCCUUUUCUUGCCGUCCUUAGCAGAGCUUUUGAAUAUGCCGUUUAGCCGGCUGUCCCCCACUGGCUCAUGCCACGGAAUUGGAGACAAAGGCAGAGCGAAACGGAAGGUGGUAGAAACCAGUACCUUGUGUUUGAUACUUGUGCGCCGUAACAAAGGGUUUGUUGCGUUUCAUUGAAAUAUCCACAUGCGAUGACAGCUGCCCUGAUCCUGCAAAGACUUCUGGCCAUCUUUAAUAUACUCCAGUGGGGUUGCUCAUACACGUAAGUGUUGGCAGGACCGGGCCUCGCAUGGCCUAUGUAUUCAAAAGCGAGGAGUGAUUUUAGGGGUCCACUUUGACACACCUAAAAGGGGCCUGAUUUUCAAAAAGCAUAGAGCACCCGCCCUUCAAAAAACACUUGUUACAGGUGGCUCAAAUAAUAUCCACAAUCAGUAGUUACAUUUGAAAAUCUGGGCCAGUCUUUAAUAGUUAGACACAUUCACAUUUAGUUUCAUAGCGAGCAGCGUCUAAGAAAAAGCUUUCUAGAAUCUAGAAAGCUAAAGAUCAAGUAAAAUAUGAAAUUCCAAAAUGCUGGAAAAUGGUGUUAUACUCCACUCUGUACAUUAAACCAAAAAUGAAAAGCCAGAGCUUGGAGCUUUCUUUGGACUAGUCUGUUGUUCUAGAGAACUUUUAAGUAUCUGGGUUGGUUUGUUUUAAAGUGAACAUUUUUUUGCUUGUGAGUUAUUUUGUGCCGAUGUAAGUUUCCUACUUCAGGCCUUACUGAGAAAUAGCAUAACCUUCCUGUACGUUUUGAAAAUGGUUUGCAGUUUAGAUCAUAGAUCCAUUUUUCUCACCAGUCAGGUGUCUAUCCUGACACUGGUUACCAGGUUGAAAUGCACACCUUCUUUCUACUGGAGACAGGGUGAAGAGAAUUCACUUAUCUGAAGGAGAACACAAAUACUGAAAUGAAGGAGAAACUUUUCUAUUCCAAUAGAAAAGGGAACAUAAUCUGCAAUCCUGAUUUAAUGAGAGACUCUAAAUAAUGAAUGUUGUACGUAAGAGCAGCCAUUCUGGGUCAGACCAAAGGUCCAUCUAGCCCAGUAUCCUGUCUACCGACUGUGGCCAAUGCCAGGUGCCCCAGAGGGAAUGAACAGAACAGGUAAUCAUCAAGUGAUCCAUCCCCUGUCACCCAUUCCCAGCUUCUGGCAAACAGAGGCUAGGGACACCAUCCCUGCCCAUCCUGGCUAAUAGCCAUUGAUGGACCUAAUAGGCACCAAAAUGAAUGAAGGACCUCUUUGUGACUUGUUUAUACCAAAGUAUUCAGUAUAAACCAAAUCUAGCAUUAUACCCAAUGCAUAGUGGAGUUUUUUGUAAGACAUAUACUUCUAUGAAGGAUAAUUGGAGCCGCUAAGACUUGAUAUGCUGACAGCGUUCCUAAGUGCUUCCCAGAAAUUGAUCUGCUUUUUAAUUUUAAGAGUUUUGUUUGAUAGUUGCAUCCAGCACUGUUCAAACCAUGUCUUAUUGCUAUCAUAAAAUAUGUUCUUUUCAUGCUGACUGUUGUUUCGUUCAUCAUUUUAGAUUUUAUUAACCAACAACAGAGGCAUGGGCUGGUUGGCUGCUUUCCUAGCUUGAGCUCAUUGUUCAAUAGCUUCAGAGUCUUUCAAGCCAUUUGGGAUACAAACUUGUAUUGUCAUUAAUUGUGCAUUUACCAGGUGGAAAGCCAGGGGAAGGCAGAGUGUAGGACAGCAGUGUAGCAAUGAAUAAGAUAGGGUUUAUAUGGCCAUU